UUCGCCAGCGGCUGUUUGCUGUGGCAGGGCUUGAAGGCCGCAACGGGUAAGGAGAAGGACGCGCGGAUUAAGGAGAAGAAGGAAAGCUCGUCGGGCGAAUCGCUCUACUACAGGAUCCUCCCCGAAGAAUUCGCGACGUACAUCAACUACACCCGGCGCCUGCAUUUCGAUGAGAAGCCGGACUACUCGUACCUUCGUAGGCUGCUCCGUCGUCGAUUUGCAGCGGAGGGGUUCAAACACGAUAACGUCUUCGACUGGACGGAGAAAAGGUUCCACGAGAUGUAG